AUGCAUAUCGCCUCACCAUUUCUCUCUUUGAGCACAUCCUUCCGCUCCAGAAGCUCAAAAUCAAGCAGCGACACCUCAAGCCCAAGUUCAACAACAACCUCACCACCCUCCUCCCCAACUUCCACCCACUCGCCCCAGAGCUCUCCACACCACCUCUUCAACCUAGCCUUCCACCCCUCCAAAGCCCAUACCCACACAUUCAGAGAGCAACUUGACAGUGUCAGGCACAAAAAUAGCCCCGGAAAUCCAUCAACCCGCCCGCGCCCGGUCUCCGAUACCCCCCACAAUGCCCACAGCGUGCUCCCCUGUGCUAUCCUACGCGGCCGCUCAGCAAUGGUUGUCCGCCGACGACCGUCUAAGAUCGAUAUGGCGUUGAGCGAAGAGCGGUCGCGAUGUGAUGGGGACUCUAUUGAGAGACAGGGGUUGGGGCUGAUGGAACCUCGGCCGGUGGAUCUGGGGAUUGGGGAGGUGAAGCCCAGCUUUGUGAUGGGCGGUAUCUUUGAGGUUAUGGAGGGGCGGGCUUAG